GCUUCAGGCGCGCCCCGGCGGGAAAGUCCGGCCACGCCACCUGUGCUCGGCUGCUGAGAGCAGCCCCCCCGCCGCGGGCCAGCCAAUCCUCGGCCCCCUUUCCCCGGCGCGGCUGGGGAGCCCGGCCCCAGGGCGGGGCUGAGGAUGCGGCCUCCUCGCGGCCGCAGCGACGCCUUCCGCAGCACCGCAGGGACCUGCCCGCCGGGGAAGCCGGCAACGGGGGGGGCGGAGGCGGAGGCGGCCCAUGACGUGUCCGGGUCCUGGAGCGCAGCGUGAUUCAUCAACGGCAGCGGCGCGCCCGGGGCGGGAUGCUGCGCAGCGUCCCCGCUUAGAGCCGGGCCAGGGGCGAACCCCGCGCUUUGCCCCGCCGUCUCCUUGGCGCGGGGCGCAGGGUCCCCGGCGGAGCCAAGAUGGAAGAAAUCCUGAGGAAGCUGCAGAAGGAAGCGUCGGGGAACAAGCACAAAGCGAUCAAGGAGAGCUGCGGCUGGGCCAUUGAAACUUUGGAAUCUUCUGAUGAUGCUGCUACCAAGAUCCCUCCAUACAAGCUGAGGGAGAAGUGUCUCCUUCCACUGCAGCUGGCUUUGGAAUCAAAGAACGUGAAGUUGGCCCAACAUGCUCUAGCAGGGAUGCAGAAGCUGCUGUCUGAUGAGAGAUUUGUAUCCGUGGAAACAGGCUCAGAUGAGAAGCACUUACUAAAUCAGAUGCUGAAUGCUGUCAAAGUGACUCCUUCCCUGAAUGAAGACCUGCAGGUAGAAGUGAUGAAGGUUUUGCUUUGUAUCACAUAUACCUCCACAUUUGACCUGAAUGGAAGUUCAGUGCUAAAGAUUGCUGAGCUGUGUUUUGCAUGUCACAAAGCUGGAAGCCCCCAAAUGCAUGAAAUGAUCAAAGUGUCCAUUGCUCAUCUCUUCAGUACCCUGUGCUCUCGCAUUUUUGCUGGUGCAUCCCCACCAAUGACAUUUCACGAGGUUUGCAUUGAGACAUAUGUAUCUAGCUGUCACCAGCGGAGUAUAAACACCGCUGUGCGGGCAACCCUCAGCCAAAUGUUGAGUGACUUGACUUUACAGUUACGGCAAAAGCAAGAGAAUACGACAACUGAAAACCAUGAAGCCAUGCAAGAAUUCAAGAGCCAAGGUUCAACAGUAGAGUCCCUUUGCGACGAUGUUGUGUCUGUCCUCACUGUGCUCUGUGAGAAGCUUCAGGCUGUCAUAAAUGAAAAUCAGCAACUGCAGCUUCUCUACCUGGAAUGUAUUCUCUCAAUGCUAAAUAGUUCCUCUCCCAGCAUGCACAAUCACAGAGGAUUCACUGACCUUAUUUGGAAGCAAUUAUGUCCAGCCCUUAUAGUAAUCCUGGGAAAUCCAAUCCAUGACAAAACAAUCACCUCUGCCCACAGUAGCAUCUGUCUCGAGGCCGAUUCACCCUCCUCAGGGGUCGCUGAUCAUGGCCGAGGGUCAGGUUGCUCCUCCACAGCACCCACCCUCAGUGGCCCUGUUGCUCGGACCAUAUAUUACAUUGCAGCGGAACUGGUUCGAUUGGUGGGGUCAGUAGAAUCCAUGAAACCUGUGCUCCAGUCACUCUAUCACCGUAUGUUGCUGUAUCCCCCACCCCAGCACCGAGUGGAGGCCAUCAAGAUCAUGAAAGAGAUACUAGGUAGUCCACAACGGCUCCGUGAUUUGGCAGGACCCUGCUCCUCUGAACCAGAAUCCAGAAAGAGGUCAAUCUCGAAAAGGAAGUCCCAUCUGGAUCUUCUCAAACUCAUCAUGGAUGGGAUGACUGAAGCUUGCAUAAAAGGUGGUAUUGAAGCAUGUUAUGCCUCUGUUUCUUGUGUCUGUGCCCUGCUCGGGGCAUUAGAUGAACUAAGCCAAGGGAAAGGCCUUAAUGAGGAACAGGUCCACCUGCUACUCCGACGCCUGGAAGAAUUGAGGGAUGGGGCUGAGACAAGCAGAGACUCCAUGGAGAUAAACGAUGCUGACUUUAGAUGGCAAAGGCGCAUCCUGUCAUCGGAACGUACCCCCUGGGAAUCGAAAAAUGAGAAGAGUCCUGACAUUAGCAUUAGUGUUACCACAGAUACUGGUCAAACCACUUUGGAGGGAGAUAUGGGGCAGACUACUCCAGAGGAUAAUCCUGAAGAUCAAAAAAACUCUCUGCAGUCUCCAGCUGGCCAAGACUUUAAAGAGAUUGAGUGUAAAGAGCCAGAGUCAGAAACAACAGAGCAGCCAGAUGUGGUUCAAAGGAGUCACACUAUCGUUUAUCCAGAUAUAACUAAUUUCCUGUCGGUUGAUUGCAGGACACGGUCCUAUGGAUCCAGAUAUAGUGAAAGUAACUUCAGCAUUGAUGACCAAGAUGUUUCAAGAACUGAAUUUGACUCGUGUGAUCAAUAUUCCAUGGCAGCAGAGAAAGACUCUGGGAGGUCAGAUGUCUCCGAUAUAGGGUCUGAUAACUGUUCCCUGGCUGAUGAAGAGCAGACCCCAAGGGACUGUCCAGGUCAUAGGUCCUUGCGUACUGCUGCUCUCUCUUUAAAAUUACUGAAGAACCAAGAAGCAGACCAGCACAGUGCCCAGCUGUUUGUACAGUCCCUUGAAGCCCUUCUUCAUCGGCUUAUAACACUCCAUAGUAUAGAGGAGGUGGAUUCAGCGCUCCAGAAUUUUUCAUCGACCUUCUGCUCAGUUAUUCACCUAAUCCACGCCCCCAAAGUGACGUCAAUGGAAAGUCCAAGGCAGCAGCAGCACAGAACUUUCAAACCCUCACGAGAUAUGAUGUUCUCACCAGGAUUUGAGGGGAACCCCAAUUUCAGCUUCCAGACUCUGAUGAAUGCAGACAGUAUCUACAUGGUCUCGCACUACACCCUUCUCCUCAACCUGAAGUUAUCCAACUCUGAAUACUACAGGAAGAAACCUGCCCAAGCACCUGUGUUGCUGAAGGAGUUUAUGAAGCAGGUUCAGGCCAGUGGAGUAUUGAUUGUGUUCUCUCAGGCUUGGGUUGAGGAGCUCUACCAUCAGAUACUGGAAAGGAACAUCCUGGGAGAGGCUGGUUACUGGGGAAACCCUGAGGAGCACAGUCUUCCACUCAUCACCAUGUUGACUGACAUUGAUGGCUUGGGGAGCAGUGCAAUAGGUGGGCAGCUGAUGGCAUCUGCAUCAACACAAUCUCCUCUCACCCAGAACCAGAAGACCGAAGAUUCUGUUGUGGCAGGUGUUGCUUUUGCCCGACACCUUCUGAUCGGUUGCUGGAAGAAUUUGAUUGAUACCUUAUCCACACCUUUGACUGGUCGAAUGGCAGGAAGCUCCAAAGGGUUAGCAUUCAUCCUGGGAGCCGAAGGCGUCAAGGAGCAGAACCAGAAGGAGAGAGAUUCCAUUUGUAUGAGCCUGGAUGGACUGAGGAAGGCAGCCCGGCUGAGCUGUGCUCUAGGGGUUGCUGCCAAUUGUGCAUCUGCCCUUGCUCAAAUGGCUGCUGCUUCCUGUGUUCAAGAAGAGAAGGAGGAAAGAGAAGCCCAAGAGCCCAGUGAUGCUAUAACUCAAGUGAAACAGAAAGUGGAGCAGAAGCUGGAACAGAUUGGGAAAGUGCAGGGAGUCUGCCUGCACCCUGCACAUGUUUUGUGCAUGGAUGCCAUCCUCAACGUGGGCCUGGAAAUGGGAAGCCACAAUCAAGACUGUUGGCCGCAUGUGUUCAGGGUGUGUGAAUACAUCAGCACUCUGGAGCACACCCAUUUCAGCGAUGGCGCAUCUCAGCCCCCUCUCACUAUAACCCAAUCGCAGCAGGCCGCAGGAGGGUUGCAGGUGGAUUAUCCGUCUGCAGACUCUCCCCAGGAAUUGACCCCUGAGCAGGAGACCACCCUGAGCAAUAAUCCCAUCAUCCAGCCCAUCUCCAUCCAGGACCUCAUCAAGGAGGGUAGCAAGGGCAGAGCUUUCGACUUUCGCGGAGGCAGCCUGCUAAGUGGGAGCAAUGCUGCCAAGGCUGUCCUUACCCUCUCCACGCAGGCUGACAGGCUAUUUGAAGAUGCUGCUCACAAGCUAAACCUGAUGGCACUGGGUGGCUUCCUAUACCAGCUCAAAAAAGCUUCUCAGUCCCAGCUCUUCUACUCAGUCACAGAUACAGUUGAUUACUCCUUAGCAAUGCCAGGUGAGGUAAAGUCGACCCAGGACAGGAGAAGUGCACUCCAUUUGUUUCGUCUUGGGGAUGCCAUGCUCAGGAUUGUACGGAGUAAAUCCCGCCCAUUGCUCCACCUCAUGCGCUGCUGGAGCCUGGUGGCACCUCAUCUUGUAGAGGCUGCCUGUCAUAAGGAGAGACAUGUUUCUCGGAAAGCUGUCUCCUUCAUUCAUGACAUCCUCACCGAGAUGCUGACAGACUGGAAUGAGCCCCCUCAUUUUCACUUCAGUGAGGCACUGUUCCGCCCCUUUGAGCGCAUCAUGCAGCUGGAGCUGUGUGAUGAGGAUGUCCAGGACCAGGUGAUCACGUCUAUAGGAGAGCUGGUAGAGGUGUGUUCCAUUAAGAUCCAGUCCGGGUGGAGGCCCUUGUUCAGUGCACUGGAAACAGUACACAGCAAUAGCAAGUCAGAGCUUAAGGAGUACCUUGUUGGAGAGUAUUCUAUGGGGAAAUGCCAGGCUCCAGUUUUUGAUGUUUUUGAAGCAUUUCUCAACACAGACAACAUCCAGGUCUUUGCCAAUGCCGCCACUAGUUACAUUAUGUGCCUUAUGAAGUUUGUCAAAGGACUGGGAGAAGUGGAUUGUAAGGAGAUUGGUGAUUGUGUGUCAGGAUCUAUGUCUACAGACUUGUGCCUUCCCGCUCUUGAUUACCUCAGGAGGUGUUCCCAGUUGCUAGCCAAAAUCUACAAAAUGCCCUUGAAGCCCAUUUUCCUCAGUGGCCGUCUGCCCAACUUGCCCCGAAGAGUGCAGGAGCGAUCAGCCAGCAGUGAGGAUGGGAUUGAGUGUGCCCUUUCUGACUUGGAGGAUGACUCUGGCCUUAUCAAUGUCUGGAUCAUUCUGCUGGAAGAAUUAACCACUGCCAUAUCCAACUGUCCCCGCCAGCACCAGCCACCCACCCUGGAUUUACUCUUUGAGCUGCUGAGAGAUGUUGCCAAAAUUCCUGGCCCAGGAUUUGGCAUAUAUGUGGUUGUACAUCUUCUACUCCCCACAAUGUCCCUCUGGCUCCAUCGUAGUCAUGGUGACCAUUCUUACUGGGAUGCAGCAUCUGCUAAUUUCAAGCAUGCCAUUGGCCUUUCCUGUGAACUGGUAGUGGAGCACAUUCAAAGUUUCAUACAUUCAGACAUUGGCUACGAGAAUAUGAUUAAUACAAUGCUAAAAGAUCUCUUCAAGUUGUUGGUAGCCUGUGUGGCGGAGCCUACAGAAACAAUCUCCAGAGUUGGCUGCUCAUGUAUCAGGUAUGUCCUGGUGACAGCAGGGCCUGUUUUUACUGAAGAGAUGUGGAGGCUUGCAUGCUGUGCAUUACAGGACGCGUUCUCUGCAACUCUUGAGCCAGUAAAGAACCUAUUGGGCUAUUUCCACAGUGGUUCUGAAAGCUUUAGUGGCGAUGCCUGUGAAGUGAAGGUGGCGGCCCCAUCUCUCUCUCCCAGUGCUGAAGCUGAGUACUGGAGAAUCCGAGCCAUGGCACAACAGGUUUUCAUGUUAGACACCCAGUGCUCACCAAAGACCCCCAACAACAAGGAGGGAUUUGAACAUGCUCAAUCCUGUGUGCUGAUCAUUGAACUGCCUGCUGACAAGAAACACAAUGGGCACACCCAGAAAAGUAUCCCUUUCAGGACAAUAGUGGUGAGUCUGUUGUCUCAUCAAGUGCUUCUCCAGAAUUUAUAUGAUAUCUUGCUAGAAGAGUUUGUGAAGGGCCCCUCUCACGUGGAAGAGAAGACAGUACAAGUGCCAGAAACCAAACUGGCUGGUUUCCUCAGGUACAUUUCCAUGCAGAAUUUGGCUGUCAUCUUUGACUUACUGCUGGAUUCUUAUCGGACAGCCAGAGAGUUUGACACCAGGCCUGGGUUGAAGUGCUUGCUGAAAAAAGUGUCUGGCAUUAGUGGAGCUGCCAACUUGUACCGCCAGUCGGCAAUGAGCUUCAACAUUUACUUCCAUGCCUUGGUCUGUGCUGUACUGACAAACCAGGAGAACAUCACCGCAGAGCAGGUGAAGAAGAUCCUAUUUGAGGAUGAUGAAAGAAGCACAGACUCCUCCCAGCAGUGCUCUUCAGAAGAUGAAGACAUUUUUGAAGAAACUGCCCAAGUCAGUCCCCCAAGGGGGAAGGAGAAGAGACAGUGGAGGGCUAGAAUACCAUCUUUGAGUGUUCAGCCAGUGAGCAAUGCAGACUGGGCUUGGUUAAUCAAAAGGCUUCACAAGCUAUGCAUGGAACUUUGUAACAACUAUAUCCAAAUGCAUCUGGAUUUAGAAAAUAAUGUGGAGGAACCUCCAGUUUUCAAAGGCGACCCUUUUUUCAUCCUACCAUCCUUUCAAUCUGAAACCUCCACCCCAUCAACCGGAGGGCAGUCUGGAAAAGAUACACCCUCAGAAGAUGACAGAAGUCAAAGUAGGGAUCACUUGACAGACAAUCUAACUCCCAAGGGAGGGAGUGGAGAAAUGCUGCUUCUACCACCAUUGAGCCCUAAAAUGGAGAAAAAGGACCAAGCCAGGAAAAAAGAAUGGUGGGAGAGCGCUAGCAACAAAAUCUACACCAUAGCCACUGAUAAAACUAUCUCCAAACUCAUGACUGAGUAUAAGAAAAGGAAGCAGCAACAAAACUUGAUCUCUUUCACCAAAGAUGUCAAAGUGGAAAAGAAGGGAGAGUUGUUGGGCUCAAGAGGGCAGGAUUCACCACUCCCCCAGCGACCGCAACAUCUGGUGGAUCAGGGCCAAAUGAGGCAUUCCUUCAGUGCCGGCCCAGAGAUCUUGAGGCAAGAGAAGAGGCCGCGCUCAGGAUCUACAGUCAGCUCCCUGAAUAUAUCUGUGCGAGAUGCAGAGGCACAAAUACAGGCAUGGACAAACAUGGUGCUGACAGUUCUCAACCAGAUUCAGACCCUGCCUGACCAAACCUUCACAGCCCUCCAGCCAGCUGUGUUCCCCUGCAUCAGUCAGCUGACUUGUCACGUGACCGAUAUCCGUGUCCGUCAGGCUGUGAGAGAAUGGCUGGGAAGAGUGGGAAGGAUCUAUGAUAUCAUUGUAUAAAGGAAACAUGUUUCAUUAGCAAGGGGAGAAGGAAUCAAAGGCUUUUACAGGUAUAAAAAUGGAAUGCCGUUACUGGAAGUAACUGGUAUGGAGCUACACAUGCAAUGCCUAUUCAUGGUGAUAAAGUCUGAAGCAGUAAGCCCUCCAACAUGUCCUUUACCUACUUAAGAUUGUAUGUUUGUCAUUCUCACCCCAACAAAGGAAGCGCUACACUUCACAUUAAGUAGCAUGACAAAUCUGAAAAUUGCUGGUAAACCAGGCUGGUACAUAAAGCCUCAGUAAAUUUCAUAGAUUGUGUAUGAAUGUGUUUCUGCAGUAAGGAAAGGAGAAGAAAUAGUCAAAAUCGCCCUGGAUGCAGUUGGGAUGAAAGCACCUGUUCUCACCUAAUAUGGGUGUCUCAGAUGCCUGUAAUUCCCAAGAUUUAGGACCAGAAUUAUCUACCUGGCCUCCAUUUUUUGAACAUGUAAUAUUGUGGGCCCUACUAAUUGAAGGUUCAGAGGAUUCAAUAAUUGGUGGAUACAGCUCUCCCUUAAAUAUUUAAGUACAGGAGUUGAUUGUGCUUCAAAACACAACUGGAUCACCUCACUCACAAACCUAGAUAACUGAAUAAUUGUGAGGAAAAAGCUGAGGGCACAACAAGUGAAAGCAGGGGCGAGGGGUUGUUUUAAAUUUUCCCCAUGAAACUAAAACGCAUCUGGGAAAAAAGUCACUAUAAAGAUUACAUAUUCAGAAAAAAUUAUUGAUCUCACUGUUUAGUAAUCAUUUUAAAUUUACAUUCUAGGCCAAGGCUUUAAGCCUGGGGUAUUGUGUGGCUGGGUAGGAGAGGCCUCUGAAUCGUAGCACUAGGGUAGAGGGUCCUUUUUGCUGCUAACAUAUGGGACAUGGCUUGAAGAAAGUGGGAUGAAGAGGAGCCCUGGAAAUUCCACUUAUCAGCCACAUAUAUAACACAACCCUCUCCGCUAAUCCAUAUUGCAGAUACUAUUGCAUUCAUUCUACAUGCAUAACUCCAACUGAGGUUACAGUGCCAGUUCUUCUGUGAAGCUAGUGAUGAAUAUGCCCUAGUGAGCUAAAUUGCAGCCUGGCCAAGAGAAUUGUGGCAAACACCUAGCAUUUAAGCAAACAUGAUGGAAAUAUACUAUACAGCAGAAUCGGCUUAUAUGUUUCCAUAGGAGAAGGUAUUCUCACAUGUACAGUCAGUCUGCUGUAGCUCUAAGGAUCUCCACUAUUUGCAGCUAUAUUUACCCCUACUGCCAGUACCGCUUAAUAUGAGUCAAACUAAACAAGAUCUUGCAGUGCAAUUCUUUAGUUGGCCAGAGGAGGCCUGUGGUAGAGGGAGUUCCCUGCUCCCUCAUACUCCCAGCUUGUGCAGAGUUGACCAGUGCACAGUCUGUGCAUGUAUUGGUGUAAAACAAAACCUCACUUCAAAAGAUGAACCUCAGCCAACAAGAACAUGCUCAUUCUGCAGGGAACUCCAUGUGAGUGGAACCUCUUUUAAAUCUGUAGAAUACCAUGGGAGUACAGGGUUUCUCCUGUGCUGAUCUCCUUGCAGGAUUGGGGCCUAAGUUUCUGAUAGAAUCUCAGUGCUUGGGGAGGAAAAAAAGACUUAAAACAGCUACAAUAUUUCCAGUAAUUGUGAAUUGCUGGCUGAUGAAUAAGCACGGUAGGUGUAAGGGAGGGUCAUCUCUGGUUGUGGAAUCUUAACACGGUCCCUCUGACAGAUGGACAAUGUCCACCUGGUGCUCCCUUAAUAAGUAGCCCCUGGGUUGAUCAUACUUUUGGUUGUUCCUCUAUUGUAUUUAUAGAGAUUUUAACAAUUUUACACAUAGACUCUCUAUACCUUACCCAGAGAGGCUUAUGUCUAUACAGACUAUGGCAGCAAGUCUCACCUGGUUUGACACUUGGGCUUAUGCGAUGGUGUGAAAAAACACCCUGUAGACAGAGUAGCUCAGGCUUUGAACCUCACUCCCCUCUUUAGGUUUCAGUGCCCAAGCAGCUACAUGUCAAGCUGGGAAGUUUAGCUUUCUAGUGCAUAUUUGCUGUGUAGCAUCUUUUGCCACAAGUUUUUCACCCAUUCACACCAGACCUGAAAUGGGCCCAUACAUGCAUUGUAUUUAGGGUUGCCAACCCUCUGGGAUCCUCCCAGAAUCUGCAUCAAUCUCCUCAUGACUACUGAAAGCAAUCCAGGAGAUUUUAAUAGGCUAUUUUAAGAAAAUUACAUUACAUCAUGCUGGGGGGGGAAAUCUCCCAGAAUAGCUUCAGUCAGAGUUGGCAACCCUAGUUGUAUUGCUUAAAUGUGCAUUUUCAACAGCUGUCUAAAAGGCACCUCUAUCUUAUUGCCAAAAAAAAGUUGGUUGCGUUUAUCUGAUCUGUUUUACAUUUUGUGUACACACCUUUACCCAGCAUACUACAAUCAAGUUAAUACAUUCUGUGGUGUCAGCUCUCACAUACCAGGUUGGAGCAUGUGGUUUUUUUCUUUUCCUUCCACUGACAGCACAUUCAGAAAUUAAGGCCAAAAUAUAUGAUUAAGUUAAAUUUGAGAUCUCAAAUUAACAGAAGAAAAGAACUUAAAAUCAGUUUUGUGAACCAUGUAAGAAUUGCGGCAUAUUCUGUACAACUUGACUCUUAACAGCAGCUGAGUCUGCACCAUCCCCCUGCCCUGUUCCAACCUCGCUGCAAUAUGUGGGCACAGUGGCAGCAUCCAUAUGGAUGCCAAUCUUAGGGCACUAUUCUUUCCCCCGAACUAGUUCCUGUGCAUUGCUCAGGCAGCCCGAAGGAGGCAGAAUGUGGCCAGGGCUUGCUAGCUGCACAUUCCCUGACAGAGGAGCUCUAAGCUUGCAUGAAAUGAGACCAAUUGACUUCUGCUCCAGCCACCCUCCCACCCCCAUAUUGGGGUUAUUUUGGAGGGAGGGAGCAGAGUUAUCUGCUGGCAUGUAGUUCCCCAGCAGCAGCUCACCUCACACAGGGGCAGAAUGGCACACACAGGGAGCUGUAACUGGCUCCCUCACUCCCACCAUCCCCAUGACUACAGUAGGGCAGGAAAUGCUUUGUCCACUUCAUGAGAAUUUUUUUUUUAAAAGCUCAAAGUCUAAAUCUCAAAACUUUUCACUAACCAAACAAUUGACCCAUUUUUGCUUUGACUUCAACUUGGUUCCGUGGUUGGUUGGUGCUAUAAUUUAACUUGAAUUUUAAAACAAAGUCAUUCUGACCUGUAAAAUUGAACUUUCUUUUAAAAGACUUAAAAGGGGGAGGAAGGGAACAUUUUGACACACAAUUAUUUUCCCACAAACACUUUUGGCCUCAGUCUCCAUGAAUGGGCAUUUUGGGUAUGAAAAAUGUUUAAUUGAAAAGUUCCUGACCAUCUCUCACUGCCACCCACCUGCACAGAGUUCGGCUCAUCGUAAGAGCAUGAGAGAGACCAGGCCUUCAUUUAACUCCUGCAGCUAAUUGUCUACAUCACUGCUUUUUAAAGUUUUUUUUUUUUUAAUGCAACAACAUAAAGUGCCGACUCUCCCCACCAGUGCCUAAGGUUUUAAGAGGACAUUAACAAAUGUGUGUACAAUAUUGCUGGCAUUUAAUUAAAAAAAUAGGGAAUUUUUUUUCUCGCAAAUAAUGUUAGUGUAAAAAGGUAUGUCUGGCCCACUACGACAGGUCUUUAAAACAGCUCCAGUCUCACUGCCUCACUUUACAUAAAAUGUUAAAACAUCACCAAUGGCAAACAGCAAAACAACUCCAACCAUGAUAAUUUUGUGUAGAAAGCUUGAUGAGACAUAAUGAACUCCAGGGAAAAGCAAACUCAGAAUCAGCCCCACUCAGUUAUACUUAGGCCCAGUUAGGUUUAUAGAAGGAAGAAAGGGCCCCCUGACCGUAGCCCCUCUGGCAACUUCUCAAACCACUGUAGAGGUGAUGUGACAGCUCUCUCCCAGCCGUCCAGUGUGGGGGGCAGGAUCAGGGACAUGUCUGGAUAGCACAGUGCUAUGGCCACUUUCUGUUUCCCUGGGCCUGAUGGAAGAGAGUGUAAGUUAGAGAGCACCGUUGAGGAUCUUUUUAUUCCAGGGGUUCAGUAUGCUGCUGCAAAACCCCAAACUAUGGGGAGUAUAAAAGUGGCUUAAAGCUACCAUUGCCCUCCCACCCCAUCCAAAUAACAGGGCUUUUCUACAGGGCAAGUUAGUGCACAGAAAGCCAGGGAGUGAAUCUACAAUACACACCAGCUUGCUAGCUGCCUGUGUUUUUCCUAUCUGCUUGUAAGCCAGGGUGUGAUGCUACAGCCCUCCCUGCUUGCAGUAACUUGCCUUGCUAUUUAAUCAUAAAAGGUGGGUGAGGUAAUAGCUUUUAUAAAUAUAAAAAGACAAGAUACUACCUCACCCACAUUGUGUCUCUAAUAUCCUGGGCCCAAUACAGCUGCAACACUACACACAACAAUGUGAUUAAAUAGUCUGUCCUGAAUCAUGGGCCUUUUGUUCCAAAAAUUAAAGCAAAGGGACAUCAUAAGCUUUAAACACAUGCUUGAGCUGAUUUUUUUUUUAAUCUAGUAUUGGUAAAAGUAACAGCUACUGUAGUAAUUGAAAGAUUAGAGAAAAAAAUUACUGCUUGAGACUGCAUUUGAUAGCACUUUACAUAUAACUGUUUCGUCUCUUGUUGGUGUAGCUCUUUCACAAAGAAACAGGAGAAUAAAACAUUUUAAAAAUAGUAAAAUGUGACUAAAACUUCAACAAUUGGCUGAUGGAAUCUGUGGCAGUUGUAGUACUAGAAACUACUUUAACCCUUUUUUAAAAACUGACUUAAGAUGGUGAAAGCUUAAAGAAAAGGAGUGCCGGUGGCACCUUAGAGACUAACAAAUUUAUUAGAGCAUAAGCUUUCGUGAGCUACAGCUCACUUCAUCGGAUGCAUUUGGUGGAAAAAACAGAGGAGAGAUUUAUAUACACACACACAGAGAACAUGAAACAAUGGGUUUAUCAUACACACUGUAAGGAGAGUGAUCACUUAAGAUAAGCCAUCACCAGCAGCAGGGGGGGGAAAGGAGGAAAACCUUUCAUGGUGACAAGCAAGGUAGGCUAAUUCCAGCAGUUAACAAGCUCACGAAAGCUUAUGCUCUAAUAAAUUUGUUAGUCUCUAAGGUGCCACCGGUACUCCUUUUCUUUUUGCGAAUACAGACUAACAGGGCUGCUACUCUGAAAGCUUAAAGAAACUCUUGUGGAAAAUGCAAGGUCUCAGCUUUAGGAAAAGAACUGUAGGCAGCUAGUAGUGGUAAAAAAGAAGUUCCUUACUAGUGAGUAAAAAGAAAAGGAGUACUUGUGGCACCUUAGAGACUAACAAAUUUAUUUGAGCAUAAGCUUUUGUGAGCUACAGCUCCGAUGCAGUGAGCUGAAGCUCACAAAAGCUUAUGCUCAAAUAAAUUUGUUAGUCUCUAAAGGUACCACACGUACUCCUUUUCUUUUUGCAAAUACUACUACUCUGAAACCUGUUACUAGUGAGUGUGAACACAUGCGUUCAUGGAGCAGACACUGUUGGAUUUCCACUUAAGAAAUACAAUAUCCUCUUUCAUACACAAGAGUCUCACAGAAAUCAUUAAAGGACAUUUCAAGCCCUGCUAGGAUAAUAGCAUGAGGUGAUGGGAACAUAUUACUAGUUUAGAAUUUUCCAAUUAAACAGCCUUUAAAGUCAGCCUGGUUUACAAUGCAUUUCAGACAGACACAAUUCUUCCUAGCUCUGGGUUAAAAACUGGAUUCUUCACCUGACUUGCUUCUGUGUUAUUUCCAUUUUGUGCGUCACACGUUUGUGUGUUUGUUUUUAAUUGGAAAGACGACAAUGAAUGUACAAGUUCUGCCAGCUUCUGCACCUUGUAAAUAACCUGUAGUAAAUUAUAAAAUGUUUUCUCCAUCGUUUUGUCAGUGAAAGAAACUGCUCCUGUGCUCUGAUAAGAUGCCAUCACUCCGUUUUUUUCCUGUUUUGAAGGUGAUUUUUAAUUUAAAGAUAUAGUGUUUUUAUAAGACCAUCCUGUCAAGGUGGAGCUUUUAAGGGAAUGUUUUUCAAGUGUUGCAUGGCAGUCCUGGAUAUUGUUUGUUAAUGAGAUUUUAAUUGUGGAACUCCCUCUUGUCAUGUUUAAAAUAUACCCCUCCCCAGAUUUUCUGCCCCUUCAACAAAACAAAUAUGAGAUUCAGCUUUGGUGAUUAGCUUUGAAACUCAUGGGCUCGACACAGGGAUCCAAACUGAACAAAAAUAUCCUACACUGGAGAAUAGUACCACUGCCACCUGUACUGGGGCUGUGCCUCUACCAGAGUUAACCUGUUUCAGAUGCAGCAUGUCCACGCUGUGCUUGUCAUUGUACCACUGCAUUGUGAGCGCUCUUCUGAUAAAACUAGGCACAGCUCCUGGAGGGUCCACAAGAUAGGAACUCUAAUGAGAUGUGGCUGUUCAUGCACACCUCCUUAAGCGUGCAGGAGAGAAAUCUGGUACUGUGCGCUUCUUGAGAUUUGUAUCUCCUUAAGGCAUUUAGGACUCAAUCCUGCAUUAUUGAAGUCUUAAGUUACCAAGAUCAGACCCUUAUCCUGCUUACCUUUUCAAGUUCUCCAGAGAUUGCAAAACUUCUCAAAAACCUCUGGAUGUAUACAGGCCCUCAUUCUAGUGCACUCCUGAGAUACUCAUGCACCCCUGCAAACAAAAACCUCCAGGUUUAGGACAGCUCUAGUUUUAUGUUUAAUGGCCUGAUCACAUAAGCUUAAGUCAUAACUAUCCUGCCCAUGUGUUCUGGGUCAAACAGACAAAUGUUAACAUUCCCAUGACCUUGAAGAAUUACAAAUAUCUAAAAUGUGUGCUAAUGACUUGUUUGGGAGGUACCAUUACUCAGCUUGGAAUUUUUCUAUACAAUUUCAUUCCUCCCCUUGCCCAUACUGUUGAGUGUGUGAGAGAGUGAACCUACUCUUGAGUAGCCCAUUUGAAUGUUCUAUUCGGUAAAAUAAUUUAAGCAAGGCAAUACAUGUGUUGCUAACUAGUCACAUACCAUAAGGCAAUGGUUCUGGUUUUGCUCAUUUGAAAUGUGAGGAUUCCCCCACUCCCACCCCAGUUUUCAGAAACUCUUUGGCUUUUAAAAGAAUGAGUACUGGCACUCACUUUUUUACUAAUAAAUGCAAAAGAGAACAUAGCAUACAAACACAAUGUUUUAUUUGUGUAAUAUAAAUAAUAGCACCAGGCUGCAAAGGAUCCAUUCUUUUCCACAUCCCUUACAGCUCAUGAGGCUACAGCAUAGGAUUAUUUUGGCAACACACCAGCACAGCCCCAAUGUAUUUCAUAUGUGCUUUGACCAGAUCACCAUCUCCCCAUCCUGCGCUCCCUCCAAUUCAGUUUAAUUAACGCCUCAACUUGCAACACGCACUCCCCCAGGGUCAUUCCUCAGCACAGUUAGUGUCCUAAUUUACCAGACAAACAGGCAGGAGCUUUGGCCAUAAAAAUACAAAUAAAGGAGUGCUGCAAAGUUCUGCUUCUAUAAUGCCGGCACGUAAAAUAAAUAAAUUUAUAUUUAGAGGCUCAGGCUAAAAGUUUUAGGGGAAAAAAAUCUACCUCUUUUUGGAAGGCUGUGGUAUUGCACUGGCAUAAAACUAAAGUAAAUCAAGAGUGAACCAGGGCAUGGGAUCAGACCUCUAGACUGCCCUUUAUUUUACACCCAAUUUUACUAUUUGGUGUUCUCUGUUGUAAAGAAUUGAGCGUCAGAACCACUGAGUCAGGUAACAAUUUUAGAGAUUGGGAUAAGUUUCUUCAGCAAAAAUAGCAUCAUCAUAGGAAAGUUCUUGCACUCUGACUUCCUAUUCCCAUAUUUCCUCUCCCUGUCCCAAAUUUGGGCUAAGCUAAAGUAAGAGUUAGAGAAACUACCACAAUUCAACAAGAAGUGACUGAAAUGAAUGACAGCUGUACUGGUAGGAUGGUGUAGGCAAUUAGCUUUGAGCAGUGAAUGAACCGAAAUGGCUAUGACCGCUUAGAGCCUAGAUGUGUGGCAAACACACCAUUCUACACAGAGAGAAAAGAUGAGAAGGAUACAGUGAAGGCUGCUGCUGUUCUCUGUUACUGCAAGACCAUGUACUGUACAGUGAGGCUUGCAGUGGGGGUUUUUCACAACAGAUUGCUUCAUGGGCCUUGGGAUCUGUGGCAAGCAUCCAGUAUCUUCUUGCAGUUCCCCUAUAUGUUGCAAAGAAACACAAUUAAUGCUAUAACUAAACCAAACCCUUUUUCCCUCCUACAAGGAAUUGAAAAUAAAGCCAAAAGGGAGUUGACGCUCCACUUGCCCUCUUAAAAUUAUGCCAAAGAUCUAACUCUUUCCUGUUUGAAAAUGACCAUGAGAUUUAAACUACAAUAUUCCCACAGUGAUGACUGCCCUAACAAGCAUCUUACUACAAAAAUCACUAAUCCCAGGACUUUACCUUCAUGGUCAUAUGUUAAUGAGGAGCCUCUGAUAAUUUUCUAGUGACUUGAACUGGCCUUGUCAAGGGAGUCAAUACAUUUGAUUUAUAUUCUAUACAGUUUACACAUAGUUAUUUACACCCUGAUCCUCAAAGGUAAUUAGACAUCGACAUUAGGUACCUAAAUACCCUAAUGCUCAUCUAGCUGUGAUUCAGAGAUAUUUUAUCUCCUAUCUUUCUUUGGGCGCUUUAGACAAGAAACACUGCCUCAUACCUGCUGUGCUCUUUUGUGCCACUGCAUUUGUUUGGUUAUUAUGUGUCCAUUGCCCAACAGGUCACUGUAAGCUGGCUUGCAAAAUGUAUUGUGUAUAUUUUAUUCAAACUGAAUUCAGAAAGGAAAAUAUUUUAAAA